AUGUCACCACCAAAAAAAGUUGAUCUAAUUUGUGUUAUUUGUAGUGACAAUGGAAUCGGCAGAAAUUUUGGUGUUAUUACAUGCGAGUCGUGUAAAGUAUUUUUUCGACGCAAUGCUAUUAAAACUAAGCAAUUAAUAAGAAAAACCGAUAAAAUAGUUACAAAAAAAUCUUUAAAUGAAUCGACUAUUAGCUCGACAACUGAUUCAACGACUAGUGAUAGCAAUGAUCACAUUAUUGAAACCAAUGGAUAUAAAUUAUUUAAUAAUAAUAAUAAUAAUUUUGAUGAUCUAAUAAUUGAUGAUACCUUCGAUGAUGACUAUCAAGAGUGUGAUAAAGAUAUAAAAAUCAUGUGGAAUAUGGCUGUCAAGUCAUACACAUAUAAUCCUGUAUUUAAACAGUUAACCGAUUUGAGUCAAUUCAAUGAAUUUGAAUGCUAUAAACUAACGGAACUGAUGACAGCUACUAAAGUGUUGAAUUAUAUGCACUUUAAGAUCAAUGAUGUCUUAGUGAUAGCUGAUAUGUGUACACUAAUGCGAUUUUGUGUCCAAAAGAUUGAAUUGAAUACCAAAGACCUGAUUAUGUUUGCCAAGAAGUUAUCGGCUUUUGAUAGUCUCUGUCUCGACGACCAGAUUUCGCUUAUGAAAUACGGAUGUCUUGAGAUUAUUAUUCUUCGCGAUACUCAUGUCUUUGACUACAACAAUGAAUGCAGUUAUGGUGUUGUGGGUAAUAAAAAAGCAAUUUGUUGGCGUCUGAAUGUUACAAAAACGGAAAAAAGAAAUUUAUACGAAAAUUAUCGAAAUUUUUAUUACAAAAUAAUUCCUCAUUUGGUUUGUGAUCUAUAUAUUUUGGAUCUAUUAUCAGCCAUAAUCCUAUUUAAUCCGAAUCGACCUAAUCUUAAACAUCGAGAUGUCAUAAAGGUUACCCAACAAAUGUAUAUAUAUUUGUUACAGCGAUACGUUUUAUUAAAAUUCAAGUCGGGAUGUCUUUCCGAGACCAAUGUGUCGAAGUUGAUGAACGCCAUGAUUGACCUACAGAUGAUCAGCGAAAUCAAGAUAAGAAAUGGCGCCGAAAUAUAUCAGCAACUGUUUGGUCCGUUUCUUCAAGAGAUUCUCUUCAAUGUUAAUGCAAAAUAA